GCGCGGCGGGACGGCGUUCGGUCGAGGGGCUGCUCGGAGCUUCGUGGAACUCGAGCCCUCCCUGGGGUUGUGUUUGCCGGCUGUGCAGUGAAGCUGAGGCAGUGGGGUGCUGGUGAAGUGAGGGGGCAGGCACAGACCAUGAAUUACGUUGGACAACUGGCUGGCCAAGUGUUUGUGACGGUGAAAGAACUUUACAAGGGAUUAAAUCCUGCCACAUUAUCUGGCUGCAUCGAUAUCAUUGUUGUCCAACAGCCAGAUGGCAGCCUCCAGUGCUCCCCAUUCCACGUUCGCUUUGGGAAACUAGGAGUGCUCCGAUCUAGAGAAAAAGUGGUGGAUAUAGAAAUAAAUGGAGAACCUGUAGAGCUGCAAAUGAAGCUCGGCGAUAAUGGGGAGGCCUUUUUUGUUCAAGAGACAACAAAUAAUAAGGUAAAUGUUCCUUCACACCUGGCCACCUCACCUAUAAUCACUUCUGAAGGUGCUGUACUGAUGGAGACCACAGUGGGGAGAAGCUUGGUUGACAAGCAGAGAAACCCAGAAUCUAUUGUAACAUCACAAGCACCUACGUCUAUUCAUGGUACACCGUGUUCUCCAGAAAGCCAAUUGAGCGGCAGCUCUGUGAAGAAAAGAAGAAAAAGGAGACGCAAAUUGAGAUUGGAUAGCGUGAGAAGAGAUGAUGUUGGUGAUACUUCAGAGAAUGAAAACAUGUUUCCUAUUGAAAUCAGCUCUGAAGAAGAGGUGGAAUUCACUGAGGCUCCAAGGAAUUCAACUUAUAUGCAGAGUGACCUACAAGUACAGAACCGCACCUUGGUUAACAUAACUCAGUCUCAAGUGCAUCCUUAUUCAGAUACAGAAUGUUCAUCCAGGCACAGUCAUUCAAGGCUUCGCCCUCCUACGCCUAACAGUGACUCCGAGUUGGUCAGCAAGCCAUCAGAACGAGGGAUGCAGAAUAUAAAUACGCAAAUGCACUGGGCUUGGGGAGAACUACCUCAAACUGCCAAGCUUAUUCCUCAUCAGAAGUUGGAAGAUCUUAACAGGGUAAACAUAACUCCAUCAGGAAACACUCACUUCAGGGUAAUCAACAGUGAUCCAUUGGUAAAUUCUCAUGACAGUUCAUCAACUCCUCCUCCAUUAGUGAAACCUGAGCCUGUAACUGCAGGUGGAAUGGUGCCUCAAUCUGUGGACAAUUUCACGUGUGGUCCAGAGCAUUAUGAACCCUCUACUGCAGUUGCUCCUUUGGUUCCAGAAAAUGGGGAGUUGAACAAUACUCAGAAUCAGAACAAGCAAGUCAAUAAAACUGAUUCACCUUCCAAGAAGAAAGAUAAACGCAGUCGUCACCUGGGUCUGGAUGGUGUCUACCUGGAUGAUAUCACUGACAUGAAUCCUGAAGUUGCAGCACUUUAUUUUCCAAAAUGUGAUAACAACACAGCUGGUCGAAACGGCUCUGAACAUGGAGUGCACUCAGAAAGCCAGUCACCGCAGUCAGUAGGAAGCCCUGGAAUGGACAGCGGUGUUGACAGUUUCUCUGACACUAUUGGGGACUUGCCAACCAUUGCCAUUUCACUCUGUGGCGGGCUAAAUGACUACAAAGAAAUAACAAACGAACAGUUUAUGGGGCGUUCUGUAUCAUAUCAAGAAUUUGCAGAGAAUCCAGGAAUCAUUGAUGAUCCCAAUCUGGUUGUGAAGAUUGGCAGCAAGUAUUAUAACUGGGCAACUGCUGCUCCUGUGCUUCUUGCUAUGCAGACAUUCCAGAAACCAUUGCCAAAGGCAACAAUGGAAAAACUAUUUAAAGAAAAGAUGCCCAAGAAAAGUAGCAGAUGGUGGUUUUCGUGGCGUGGAAGAAAAACCAGUGUAAAAGUGGAACCAGAAAUUGAAAAGAUCCAAAGUGAGCAGAAUGUGGGAGAGCUGUCUGCAUUCCCUGGAAGCAGGUUAAAGGAUGAAUCAUCAUCAAGUGAUGAAGAUGUCAGGAUGAUCAAUCAAAAUAGUAGUGUGGCCCAGCAAGAUCUUAACCUGUCAUCUUUACCCUGUGUUUCAUAUGUGAAGUCCCUUCGACUCAGCUCCGACCAGCUCAAAAGCCUUCAACUAAAGGAUGGCCCAAACGACGUUAUGUUCAGUGUCACCACACAAUACCAAGGCACGUGCCGUUGUGAAGGAACUAUCUACCUCUGGAACUGGAAUGACAAAAUUAUUAUUUCUGAUAUUGAUGGAACAAUCACAAGGUCUGAUGCCUUGGGACAUAUCUUACCCACACUCGGUAAGGAUUGGACGCAUCAUGGAAUAGCAAAGCUUUACCACAAAGUUAGCCAAAAUGGGUACAAGUUCCUCUAUUGUUCAGCACGUGCUAUUGGGAUGGCUGAUAUGACACGAGGAUAUUUACAUUGGGUUAACGAAAAAGGAACGGUAUUGCCAAAAGGCCCUUUAUUGCUAUGUCCCAGCAGUGUGUUCUCAGCAUUGCACAGGGAAGUAAUUGAAAAGAAGCCUGAAAAGUUCAAGAUUCAUUGCCUAACGGACAUCAGAAACCUUUUUUAUCCAAAUAAAGAACCCUUUUACGCUGCUUUUGGAAACCGAUCAAAUGAUGUUUAUUCUUAUAAACAAGUCGGUGUCCCAACAAACCGAAUUUUUACAGUCAAUCCUAAAGGUGAACUAAUACAGGAACAUGCAAAGACCAGUGUAUCAUCCUACGUAAGGCUGAGCGAAAUAGUUGAUCAUGUGUUCCCUCUUCUAAAGAGAGAGAAUUCUUCUGACUUCCCUUGUUCGGAUACCUACAGUCAAUUCACAUACUGGAGGGAGCAGCUACCAACAGUGGAGAACCAGGACCUUCAUACUUGAAUUAAACAUAAGCAUAUGAGAAAUAGAUUUUUGUAGCGUAAUGGCAGGCAGCCUUUUCUCACUGUUUGAAGUUGUAAUUUUCCUUUUCUCUGGCUUUAUUUGUUCCUGUCCUGUCACUGAGCAUUUUAUCCUAUCAGCUGUUAAGAACAUUGGAGAGUGAAGUCUGUUAAAAGUAUGUUGCAUCUUAAGCCUCUUUAUCAUAAGAAACCUGUUGCUUGUGCUAGUGACAUUUUUGACCAUUGGUUUUGUUGAGAUCACAGCUACUUUAAGAUCACUCUUUGUAUUAAUUAUUUUAUGAAGCAAGUGUUUAAGUCAAAUGUUCUAUUUUAUUUUUCCUCAACAAGUACAGAACUGUGAUUAUUUAUAGAAUGCACUUUUAAUAAUUAGUCUGAAACAUUUACUUUAGAUCCAGCUUGCAUAAUGCAUCAGUAAACACUUUCAAAGGUUCAAAUAACUUAAUCAUUUAUCUUCACCAGAUGUUUUUCUCCCACCACCCCCACACAAUCUACCUCUUUUUCCUCAUGAGGGCAGUGACUCCAGCUGGCCUAAUUUCUGUGGCUGGAAACUGCUGUUUACAUGUGCACUGAUUUUCUCUUCCACCACCCCACACAAGUUCGCUUUGGCAGGAAUAAUGUUCAGUAAGCAAGUGCAGGAACAAUUGAAGUCAGCUUUGUCCUAGUUUGGCAUAGGAUAUCCAUUGAACCUGAUAGAUAAUUGCUUGAUUAAAAUAAGAACAAAUGAUUUUUUUGCAUUUUAGUUUAAAUAGUUAUAUAUAUGAAUGCAAAGAACUUAAUUUUCUGCAGAACAUAUAGCAAUUAGCUGAUAAUUCUAUUGUUAAAUGUAUUAUAGGUACACAUCAUGCAAAUAUUUUUAUAUGUGAACUAUGGCUAAAUAGUUGCAAUGCAGAUUUAUUUUUUUCAAAAGUAGAGCAUGUAGAUGUUGCAAAUCUGAAAUAAAAUGAAAAGAAACAGCAGAUCAGGCAGCAUUAGUGGAGAGAGAAGCAGGGUUGACAUAUUAACACAACGACCAUCAGAUAUCAAGAUUAAUAACAUGACAAGUCUACAGUUUCCCUCUUUACUGAUGUGAUCUAUUCUGUUGAUCGCUUCCAGCAUUGCGUGUCUUUCAAGCAAAUGUUCCCUUUCCUGUAAGGCUAUAACGGUGCAUUAGGAUUGUUGCCUUUGUUGCCGCCUGUAAUUCAGAAAAAUACAAUCAAGAGUUUUGUUCCCGGACCUGUAGACUACAGAGCUUCAUUGGAGGAGCUGAUAAAAUUCAAUCAACUACCAUCUUGUUUAUUGAAGAAGCAAUAGACCCAAUAAAUACAUACUUUUUUUUUAGAAAUCUGGAAAUGAUUUUGUUGUCUACGAAGUGAAAUUAAAAUUCUUAUCUAGAAAGGGAAAAUCUUUAGAUGAACUCGCCCUCUGAUUGGUCUGAAUGUCUUUCUACAUUAUUUUAAAAGCUCUUGAACUCUUUAGUGUAGGAGAACUACUUAAUCACUUGCAAGGGAGUGAAGAUAUAAAUUGACUGUUCAAAAUAACAUCUGACAUAGUUCAAGAAUAAUAUCAAUAAUUUGAAUAUUUUGUAUGCUCUUUCAUGUUUCCAGUAUUGCCACAAUUUGGAAAUUGCCAUUCAUGAUGCAUGCAAAAUUAACUAAUGUGGGUUUUAUGGCUGUAUUUAAGAUGGGAAAAGUUGGGCCCAGAGCACAAUGCAAAGGGUAUUUUCUUUCUAUGAAAGAUAAGUAAAUGAAGCUUUGCUUUCAAAUCUAUUAUGUUACGUUUACUAAAAGUAUCACAACGACUGUGUACUGAAUUGCAGUGUUACUGGUGAUACGCUGUCAUACUUUGUAGGUAAGUAAAAUUGUCAAUAAAUGCAGAACUAUGAAAAUGUAUGUUGUUAUUUUUUUUAAACAGCAUAUGUAUAUUUAAGAACAGCUUGGGCAAUUCCGUUACAAGGUCUUCUAUGAGGUUUAGAAAAAAUGUUAAAGCAAGCCCAAGAAAAUUAAAUUUGUUUUUAGUGUGUCCAAGGAGGAGAAGGUGGUGAGGCAGAGGGGUUUGGGGAUAGGUAGAGAUAUUGGAAAUGUAGAAGAAAAAUGGAGAAUUCGAGUGUGGUGGAGUGCUGGAGUCACUGAUAUAGCUAUAGUGGAGUCUUGAGAGAUGCUAGUUCUACCAGUAAGUUUCUUAAAGUUGCUACGUGCUAAUUAUGAGUGUAGUUUGAUCCUUUUCUGAAAGCAACUGGGAGAAAUAGGCCAGAAAGUUUUAGGGAUUGGGGUUCUACAGAUCAACAAAGAAAGAGGCUCAAGACUAAUAUUCCUACUCCAUUGAAAAGCUAUUCAGGACAAAUUUGAUUCAUUCAUUACUGUGUUAUAGAUAAUUAAAGAUCAAGAUUAGUCCUGAACGAAGCUCUAUCCACCACAAUUAUUCAUAAGAACAUAGAAAACCUACAGCACAGUACAGGCCCUUCGGCCCACAAAACUGUGCUGAACAUGUCCUUACCUUAGAAAUUAUGUAGGGUUACCCAUAGCCCUACAUUUUUCUGAACUCGGUAACAAAUUCUAUCUGAAAUUUCUGAGAAGUACAUUCUUCUUUAAGCAAAAAGUUUGUGUAAAAUUAGAUGGGAUGCACAUCGAUAAGCAGCUUAAGAGAACUCAUACAGAACAGCUAUUAUGAAUGGACUCUGAAUAUUCAAUCAAUAUUGUAAUAAUAUAAACAAUAUACAUGUCACACUUGGCCACAUCAGUGGUUCAUCAUUUUUGACUCCAACAAGACAAUGAAUCAAUGAAGAUCUGAAACAAAAUUUUGAUGAAGAAUUGAUGGGUGGAGGCCA